AGAGCCAAAGCUGAAUCUAUUGAUGUCCGGAUUGCAGACUUUGAUGGUGUGCUCUUCCACAUCUCCAAUGUUAACGCCGAUAAGACCAAAGUGAGGACUAGCAUUUCGCUGAAAUUUUAUAAGCAAUUACAAGAGCAUGGAGCAGAUGAAUUGCUGAAGCGAGAGUAUGGUGACUUACUAACAGACACAGAAGAUGGCUACAACGUGUCGGUACUUAUCAAUCUAGAAAAUAUACCUGCUGACUGGGAGGCAGUUGCCAAAAAAAUUGGUCUGCUUAAGCGAAAUUGCUUUGCUUCAGUUUUUGAGAAGUAUUUCGAUUUCCAGGAACAGGGUGAAGAAGGGCAAAAACGAGCCGUAAUCAAUUAUCGAAACGAUGAGACGCUCUAUGUUGAAGCCAAAUCAGACCGAGUAACAGUCGUAUUCAGUACGAUUUUUCGUGAUGAAGACGACGUGAUAAUUGGAAAAGUUUUUAUGCAGGAAUUAAGAGAAGGGCGACGGGCAUCACAUACAGCGCCACAAGUGUUGUUCUCGCACCGCGAGCCGCCUUUGGAACUGGCAAAGUCUGACGCCAGAGUAGGCGACAAUAUUGGAUAUGUUACAUUUGUCGAUAAAUAAUAGUGAUAACCCCCA